AUGGAUGGAAAUGAAUCAUCGUCACAGUCUCACAGGAAUCAAUCAUUUUCAUUGAACGAUCACAAUUCUCAUCAUCAAACACCUGAUGCAUAUGUGCUGUGUGAUGAUAUUGUUCAUUAUGUGAUGCAAUUUAUGGAAUCAUAUUUUAUUGUACAAUCCUGUAUGAGAGUUUCCAAGCAAUGGUUCAAGAUCGCACUUUCCAUUCCUUUGUCGCUUCGACUGAAUUUUCAAAAAUUACAAAAUGCAGCCAAGUGUGCAAAUUUAACGAAUUUGACCAGUCUCGAUUUGAACAAUUUUGUAUGUGAGGAGUUGAACGGAGAAGAAAUCCUUACAAGCGGUUGUUUGGCAUUAGCCAAUAGUCCGUAUUUACAAAAUUUAACUCAUUUAAACUUGAGCAUUAACACACAGCUUAAGAGAGAUCACAUAAAGAUUUUAGCAACAAGUUCUAAUAUGUGCAAACUGUCCACACUUUGCAUUUUUUUAACGUAUAUUGGAGACGAAGGAAUGAGAGCAAUCACAGAGAUGAAAAGUUUGACCUCUCUGAAAUUUGGAAACAACUCCAUUUCAUUGGAAGGAGUCAAGCAUGUGACAACCAUGAGUAAAUUGACAGAAUUGGAAGUGCUUCACUUGGAUCUUAAUGUGGUCAAAACGCAUCAAUGUUUGAAUGUCAUUGCCAAUAGUGAGAAAAUGAAUAAUUUAACCAAAUUGACCCUUUACAAAAGUGGUAUUACAGCAGAACAAGUUCGUUCUCUCACAACAAGCCAUCAUAUGAAACAAUUAACAUAUUUAGAGUUACGUGGUAACAACAUUAGAGAUUCAGGAAUAAUUUCUAUUGCAAAGAGCGAGUUUAUGAAAAAUUUAACACAUCUCAACGUUAGUACUUGCAUGAUCAGCGACACAGGAGCGAUUUCUCUGACGCUUAGUUCUUUCAUGAGCCAAUUGAGAAUUUUAAACUUGUCCAAUGAGGAAGGACCUUCAAGACAGAGUGAAAUCAACACAGUAGGAAAUGAAUUCAUUCAAGCUCUUUCAAAGAGUGAAUGCAUGCAAAAUUUAGAAGAGUUGAACUUGUUGGACACAAAAGUGAAUGAUGUAGGGGCUGUGUCUCUUUCACAAAGCAAGAUUCUGAAAAGAUUGAAAUGCUUACACCUCUCUGAAAUUGGGCCUGAAACUUCACAUCUUAUUUUGACUUCGUUUCCAAAGAUUAAAUUUGAGAACCUGCCACGCACUGCAUUUGAUGAAUGCCUUCUCAUGUAG